AUGAUUCGACAACUCCAUGUUAUCGUUAUACUCUAUGUUGUCUCACAGAAUUACAUAUACGCUCAAGAUUUUUUUCAAGCACAACUGUCUCCAUCAACGCUCACAUCGGUUCCUUACUUAGGAGGUUCGGUAUCGGUUUAUGAACAUAAACAAAAUCGUUCUCGACUCUUUGCAAUCCCGUUAGCCGUACUAGACACCAAUCAAACAAAAAUUCACUACAAUUUAUUGGUUGAAAAACACAUCUUGACAUUGCCAUUGGUGCUUUACACAAAUGAAUUGCGUCGAACAAUCUUAGACUACUUGUCACAUACGCAAAAUCGAUGCAGUUCAAAGCAGGAAGUAUGCGAUAUAUCGAUGGUUCCAACUGAACAUCUACGUGUUCUAUGGACACGUACAAAUCCAUUCUCAUCGAAUUAUAAAUUAGAUACAACUUGGCAACCGAAUACUGCGCUUCUAAAUGAAUUUGAUGUACAAAUCGAGUGUCCUACAAUUUUACAGUACAGUACACAGACAGAGAAGCACACAAGUAAAACAGUGACAAUUACGGGACAUCAUUUAAUGAAAACAAAGAUGUUUUCGGCAUUGAAGCAGUUGCCGUCAGCGACAGCCGACAAUCACGAACGCUAG